UCUAUGCUUUUUCUUUUUCCUGGUAUAAAAAAGACACCGAAAAAUAAUGGCGGUUGUAUGUUGAUUGAUUGGAGGAUCAGAGAGAGAAAGGAAGUGGUAAAGCAAUAGUGAUAGCAUAGCCACCGCGCAGUAGUAGUAGUAGUAGAGGACUGGUAGUACUACUACCACCACCACCACAAGAAUCAGCAGUCCUCCAUUUCCAUUUGUAGAAACACCGAGUCGGAUUGGCUCAAACUCUGAAGCCAGGACCCAAAAAAAAAAAAAAAAAAAAAUGCUCUGCAAGACAUGGGUAACGAUGUUUUGAACAGUUGAGUUUCUUAUCAAGUAACUUCAGUCUGCUCUAGAAAAUGCUUGCCCUGGCUGUUCGCCUGUAACUCUCUUCUGGGUUGGUUCUGUAUGGGGAUCUGGUUUUUUCUGGGAUUCACACCGAAGCCAGCUUUGGGGCAUUAAGGCUGAGAUCUGGUCUCUCUGUGGCGUACUUGUCUGUUUUAGUUUGUGGGUUGUCUUGGUUUUGUGCCAAAAAUAAAAUCGGUUAUCUGAGAUUGGGUCGAUUGGGUGCUGGAACCAGUCAACUCUCGAGCUGUAAACCAAGCUUUUUUGUAAGAGGUUGAACGAGUGACUUGAGGUUUGGAGCUGAAUGUUGAGGUUUAUUUGCUGAAGAUUGUAGCAUGAAGUCGUGGAUUUGCAGUUGGAUUCUUUGGGGGUUGUGGGUCAGGACUGUAAGGAGCGGAUGAGGCUGAAGUCGAUAGUGCUUUGCAGUGGAACCGGCUUCGGUUGAAGAUUCAGGAGGGGGUUUAGUAUAGGCUUGGCUUUGCAUAAAGGUUCAUACUCUGUAAUCUUGUUCUCAGCUUUGUCCUCUUCAAUGGGUUUUGGGUUUUGAAUGGUAGGGAAAGGUAAAGAUAUGCUACUGUGCAGUAUAGGGAAAGCAGUUGAAAGGAUUAUUCAGCAGUCUCGGAGUUUUUCUGCGGGUAAUUUGGUGCUUAAUAGUUUUGGUUAAGGGUGGGUUGGAUAGUUAGUUGUGAGCUCAAGCUUGACGUUUAAAGUACUUUUGGAUCAUCCCCAGAAAUGAGGCACUCUGCAGCUGGUCUUAGUCCUCAAACCCAGGAAGGGGAGAAGAGAGUUCUAAAUUCUGAACUCUGGCAUGCUUGUGCGGGUCCUCUCGUUUCACUACCGGCUGCAGGAAGCCGUGUUGUUUAUUUCCCCCAGGGUCAUAGUGAGCAGGUUGCUGCAUCAACCAACAGGGAAGUUGAUGCCCAUAUUCCUAACUACCCAAGUUUGCCUCCACAACUUAUCUGUCAACUUCACAAUGUGACCAUGCAUGCAGAUAUUGAGACAGAUGAAGUAUACGCACAGAUGACCUUGCAGCCACUGAAUCUGCAAGAGCAAAAGGAUGCCUACCUCCCAGCAGAGUUGGGCACCCCCAGCAAGCAGCCAACAAAUUAUUUUUGUAAAACCUUGACAGCCAGCGACACAAGCACUCAUGGAGGUUUCUCUGUUCCUCGCCGAGCAGCUGAAAAAGUGUUCCCUCCACUGGACUUCUCCCAGCAGCCUCCAGCACAAGAGUUAAUUGCAAGGGAUCUGCAUGAUAAUGAAUGGAAAUUUAGACAUAUAUUUCGUGGCCAGCCGAAAAGGCACCUCCUUACGACAGGAUGGAGUGUAUUUGUAAGUGCUAAAAGACUUGUUGCUGGCGACUCUGUGCUUUUUAUCUGGAAUGAAAAGAAUCAAUUACUUCUUGGCAUCCGGCGAGCUAAUCGACCACAAACUGUGAUGCCUUCAUCAGUUCUAUCCAGUGAUAGCAUGCACUUAGGCCUUCUUGCUGCUGCCGCUCAUGCAGCUGCAACAAACAGCCGUUUCACGAUAUUCUAUAACCCAAGGGCUAGUCCGUCAGAAUUUGUCAUACCACUGGCCAAGUACGUUAAAGCAGUCUAUCAUACUCGUGUUUCGGUCGGCAUGCGCUUUAGGAUGCUGUUUGAAACAGAAGAAUCAAGUGUCCGUCGUUACAUGGGUACGAUAACCGGCAUAAGUGACUUGGAUCCUGUUAGGUGGUCAAAUUCACAUUGGCGCUCUGUCAAGGUUGGCUGGGAUGAAUCCACAGCAGGGGAGAGACAGCCAAGGGUGUCCCUAUGGGAGAUUGAACCAUUGACAACGUUCCCCAUGUACCCAUCUCCAUUUCCUCUCAGGCUUAAGCGAACUUGGCAACCAGGAUUUCCAUCUUUCCAUGGCAUUAAGGAGGAGGAUCUGGGAAUUAAUUCUCCUCUUAUGUGGCUACGAGGAGAUAAUGGAGAUCGUGGAAUCCAACCUUUGAACUUUCAGGGAAUUGGGGUCACACCAUGGAUUCAACCAAGGCUUGAUGCUUCCAUGCUUGGUUUGCAUACUGAUAUGUAUCAAGCUAUGGCUGCUGCUGCACUUCAGGAGAUGAGAGCCGUAGAUCCUUCUAAACCAUCACAUACAUCCCUUCUGCAAUUCCAGCAACCACAGAAUCUCCAAAGUAGGUCUUCUGCGUUGAUGCAGCCCCAGAUGGUGCAGCAGUCACAAUCUCAGCAGGCCUUUCAGCAAGGUGUUCAAGAAAACCAGCAUCAAUCUCACUCUCAGGGUCAAACUCAAUCACAGCUUCUCCAGCAACAGUUGCAUCAGCACUCAUUCAAUAGUCAGCAGCAGCAGCAACAACAACAACAGCAGCAACUACUUGGCCAUCAACAGAUUUCAAGUACUGUCUCUACGAUAUCACAGUUUGCUUCAUCCUCUCAAUCUCAUUCACCAUCCUUGCAAGCAAUCUCUUCGCUAUGCCAACAGCAGAGUUUUUCUGAUUCAAAUGGGAAUCCUGUGACCAGCCCAAUUGUUUCUCCUCUACACAGUCUUUUGGGUUCAUAUCCCCAGGAUGAAUCAACCCACCUUCUCAACCUUUCAAGAACUAACUCGUUGAUUCCUUCUGCUGCUUGGCCAUCAAAACGAGCUGCGGUUGAACCUCUUCUUUCUCCUGUAGCUACUCAGUGUGCUUUGCCCCAAGUGGAGAAGUUGGGUCUGCCCCAGACUAAUAUCUCUCCAAAUUCUAUUUCAUUGCCACCUUUUCCUGGUAGGGAGUGCUCCAUUGACCAAGGAGGUACUGACCCUCAGAGCCAUCUUCUAUUUGGUGUUAAUAUAGAGCCGUCAUCUCUUCUAAUGCAAAAUGGGAUGUCAGGUCUUAGGGGAGUUGGCAGCGAGAGCGAGUCCACAACCAUACCCUUUUCUUCUUCUAAUUAUAUGAGUACUGCAGGCACUGAUUUCUCUCUAAAUCCAGCGAUGACACCUUCCAGUUGCAUCGAUGAAUCUAGUUUCCUGCAGUCACCAGAAAAUGUGGGCCAAGUAAACCCACAAACAAGAGCCUUUGUUAAGGUUUACAAGUCGGGGUCCUUUGGUAGGUCACUGGAUAUCACCAAAUUUAGUAGUUAUCAUGAAUUGCGCGGUGAGCUAGCUCGUAUGUUUGGCCUUGAAGGCGAGUUGGAGGACCCUCAGAGAUCAGGCUGGCAGCUUGUAUUUGUCGACCGGGAGAAUGAUGUUCUUCUGCUCGGCGAUGACCCCUGGCCGGAAUUUGUAAACAGUGUGUGGUGUAUCAAGAUCCUGUCACCCCAGGAAGUGCAGCAAAUGGACAGGCGAGACUCAGAGCUUCUGAACUCAGUACCAAUUCAGAGGCUGUCUAAUACCGGCUGCGAUGACUAUGCAAACCGGCAGGACUCAAGAAAUUUGAGCUCUGGGAUAACGUCUGUGGGGUCUCUCGAGUACUGAAUUAUUUAACCAGUGAAGAAUCAUCAUUCUCUGCUUUUGUAGUAUUAGCAUUUCUUCCAACCUAGUGACGUUGGGAAGCAUGCUUACUUCUAGUAUCUUACUUGUUAAGCUAUACUGUAAUUAUAUGAAAUAUUUUCAUGUUAUUCUAAGCUUUUGAAAUACAUACUAUACAUAAAUAUUAGGAGAUUAAUGUUUGUCAGGAUAAAUACCCUUUUUCUUUUUAUAAUUUUGCAGUACAUUAAAUGCAUGAUGCUGCAGUUCAGAA